AUGUGCCAAACCAAGCUGCACGAGUUCCUUCAAGGCCUCCCCAAAUGCGAGCAUCACCUUCACCUUGAAGGCUGCAUGACACCCCAAUUGAUCUUCCAACUAGCCGAAAGAAACGGUGUCAAGCUGCCAGAUCCCGAAACCAACCCAGCCUACGAAUCCAUCGAGACUCUCACACGCCGCUACGGCCAUUUUACAUCCCUCGAUGACUUCCUCAGCUUCUACUUCCAGGGCAUGUCAGUGCUCCUCCAUGAGUCUGAUUUUACAGAUCUCGCAUUCGCCUACUUCAAAAAGGCCCACGAAGACGGCGUCCACCACGCAGAAGUCUUCUUCGACCCCCAGGUCCACCAGCAGCGCGGUAUCGCCUACGAGACUAUUGUCUCGGGCUUCGUUGCAGGAUGCAAAAAAGCAGAGCAGGAAUUGGGUCUGUCAACCCGUCUGAUUAUGUGCUUUGUGCGCCAUCUCCCCGUCGACUCCGCGCAAAAAUUGUACGAGGAAGCUCUUGCAUAUAACCACUUCGAGAACGGCACGCUGCACGGACUCGGCUGGUCGAGCAGUGAAGUCGGUCCGCCAAAGGAUAUGUAUCGGGAGCAGUACGCAUCUGCCUCUGCCAAGGGUAUCCCACUAACCGCGCACGCGGGCGAAGAGGGCGAUCCGACCUACAUCAGCACGGCGUUGGAGCUAGGCGCGCAGCGAAUCGAUCACGGGAUUCGGUUGGUAGAGGAUCCCGAGUUGAUGGAGCGGAUUGUCCACGAGGAGAUUCUGUUAACUGUGUGUCCGUUAUCAAAUGUGCGAUUGCGUUGUGUGAGUGCGCUGGAUGAGGUGCCGAUUCGGAAGUUCUUGGAUGCGGGUGUGAAGUUCUCAAUUAACAGUGAUGACCCGGCGUACUUUGGGGGGUAUAUCUUGGAUAACUACUGUGCAGUGCAGGAGGCGUUUCAGUUGUCGUUUAGAGAGUGGAGGGCUAUUGCUGAGAAUAGUGUGAGUGGGAGUUGGGUUUCGGAGGAGAGGAAGAAGGAGUUGUUGGGGCGGAUUGAUGAGCAUGUUCGGAAGUAUGAAGUUGAGGCAUGA